AUGGCCUUCUCUUUCCCUUUACUGAUGGCCCUGGUGGUGCUCAGCUGCAACUCCAUCUGCUCUCUGGGCUGUGACCUGCCUCAGAGCCAUUGCCAGGCUAACAGGAGAACCUCGACGCUUCUGGAAAAAAUAAGGAGAAUCUCCCCUUUCUACUGCCUGAAGGACAGAAAUGACUUUGGAUUUCCCCAGGAGGAGCUUGAUGGCAACAUGUUCCAGAAGGCUCAAGCCAUCUCUGUCCACUGUGACAUGAUCCUGCAGAUCUUCAAACUCUUCAGCACAGAGGACUCAUCUGCUGCUUGGGAUGAGAAACUCCUGGUCGAAUUGCGGGCUGGACUUGAUCAGCAGGUAAAAGUCUGUUUAGUGGAGGAGAUGGAGGUAGAAGGAAGUUCCCUCCCCCUGAUAAAUGAGGACUCCAUGAUGGCUCUGAGGAAAUACUUCCAAAGAAUCACUGAGUAUCUGAAAGAAAAGAAAUACAGCCCUUGUGCCUGGGAGAUUGUCAGAACGGAAAUCGUGAGAUCCUUCUCUGCAUCAACAAAUUGGCAAGAAAGGCUAAGAAGUAAGGAAGGCGACCUGGUCCCAUAAACAAAUGAUUCUCAUCAACUAAUAUACUGUGUCAUACUUCCACAAGUUCAGCCAUCUCAAAGACUCUCAUUUCUGCUAUAAUCCGGACAGGCAUUGAAUCAAACUUGUCAAAUUGUUUUCAGGGGUAUUAAGCAAUAUU